AUGGCCAACUAUGAGCUCGUUGUGGCAUUAGUCCUCAGCUUGUCCCUUUUUCGCUUAACGAGCGCCGGCGAUCCCGACAUUCUUACUGACUUUGUGGCCCCGAAUGGCACCAACGUCGAUGGCAACUUCUUCACGUACACCGGCAUGAGGUCUCUCAUGGGGUUUAAUCCCCCGACUACAUUUACGGUGACCAAAGCAAGUUUAAAGGAGUUCCCUGCUCUCGACGGGCAAAGCGUCUCGUUUGCGGUCCUCGAAUUCCCGCCCGGCUCAGUGAACCCCCCACACACCCAUCCCCGCGGAUCGGAGCUCCUGUUCCUCAUAUACGGGUCCCUCGAGGUCGGGUUCGUCGACACGACCAACAAGCUCUUCACUCAGACCCUCCAAACUGGCGACAUGUUCAUAUUCCCCAAGGGACUUGUCCACUAUCAGUACAUUUUUAAUCAGACCGACUUCGCGGUGGCAGUCUCUGCAUUCGGGAGCGCGAGCGCGGGAACAGUGUCAGUCCCUGUGACCGUGUUCGGGACCAACAUCGACGAUGGGAUCCUGGCUAAAUCUUUCAACACUAAUGUUUCCACCAUUCAAGCACUGAAGGCUGGCCUCACACCCCCACCCACCAAAGCAUGA